AAAAAAAAACAGCAGUGUGAACAAAGUGUAUGAUGGAACCAAUCUACUGCUCCACAAAUGGCAACUUUUAGAGAGGUAUCCAGUCCUUCUCCUUGCCAGGAGAACCUCAAACGGUUUUUCUGCAGAGUGCUUCUGUCCAUGGAAGAUGGAAACAGAAGAUGCACAGGAUGCAUUUGUCACAAUAAAGAGGUUAUAUGAAAGUCUUCUGAAUGUGGCUAUUGCAGAGAAAGCAACAAGCAGAGUGGGAGAGACUCCAGCACCAAACAGCAAACAGACAGAGACUCCACCAAUACACAACACAGCAGACCCGGCAUCAGAGUCAACACCUCUGCUCCCCUGUAAUGUGGAUAACUCAGAGAAAGCAGCAAGCAGCACGGUCGAGACUCCAGCAACAACCAGCAAACAGACAGAGACUCCACCAAUAGACAACACAGCAGACCCAGCAUCAGAGUCAACACCUCUGCUCCCCCCUGAGUCUGAAACUCCUGCAUCUUCCUCCUUGGCUUCUCCUAUUUCUUUCACAAACUCCUUGUCGUUAUCUGUUGCUCCUUCAGUCUCCACCCUGACUCAGUCUGUUUUGAAGUUCUCUCAACCCAGUCCUAUAUCUUCUUCCCUGGCUUCUCCUCUGCCACCAGCCUCUAUCCUUUCUGCUUCUUCUAAACUCAAUCCUGUGUCCACUGAGCUAGGCAGUCCAGACACAGUGUCUUACGCACAAAAAAAAAGACAAAUAAAGAGGAAAACAGAACCUAAAGAGUGCCCCAUUCAUAAAGACUCCACCAGUUUCCCCUACAAAAAAAUUUUGAGGAAGAGAAUCAGGGAGGGCCAUGCAGAAGUUUUGGUGCAGUGGCAUCCUUGCUCUGGAUGGUAUGUUUGUUAUCUGAGGUGUACUAUUCCAGAUGUGGUCAAGCAACCAGCCAGGAAAGAGGAGAGGCCAUCUAUGUCAGGUGCAUUCUUUUCUCACAUCAAGUACAAGCCAGACUCCCAGGAACAACGCAUUAAAGAGGAGGCUAUAGCUAAAUGGGUAGCUCAGACAGCCCACCCUCCACGGACAGUAGAAGAUGAGGAAUUCAUCAACAUGAUGGAGAAAAUAGAUAAAAGACUGACUGUGCCAAAAAAGACCAAAAUUACAAAUCUAGUGGACCAAAUGUACCUAGCUGAAAAGUGCUUGCUAUUUCAAUGUUCAGGACAGUAA